AUGGCUCUCAGCAAGGCGCUCGGCCGGGGCGACCGGGGCUCGGGCAACGAGGAUCUGGAAUCCCUCGACACCUACAUACAGAACACACUCUCUGCCCUCUACCCACCUUUUGAGGCCACGGCAGCCACGGUGCUCUGGCAGCUGUUCAGCGUGGCCGAGAAGCUCUACGGUGGGGACGGGCUGCGCUGCCUCCUGGACUUCCUCAUCCCAGCCAAGAGGGCCCUGCAGCACCUGCAGCGGGAGGCCCGUGCCAGGUACACAGGCUUCCUCUUCCUGCACGAAGGGUGGCCGCUGUGCAUCCACGAGAAGGUGGUGGUGCAGCUGGCGCCCCUGCGCGGAGUCAGGCUCAGGCCUGGGGACUUCUACCUGCAGAUCACUGUGGCAGCGGGGAAGCAGCCUGCCAGACUGGUCUUGAAACGCCUCUCCCGGCUUGGACAAGGCUCGGAGGAAGUCACUGUCCCUGAGACCAUGUACGGCUGUGUCUUCACGGGAGAGUUCCUGGAACUGGUGAAUGGGGAACAGAACAGUGUCCCCUUGCAAAACUGCUUGCUGACCUCAGGCUCGGCGGUCUACCGCACCCCCUGGAACAACGUCACAGACCCUGUCUUUGUCCCCACCACUGGAACCAACCUGCCCAGCUGCCCCAGCGGUCCUGGGCCUCAGCAGCCGCCACCCAACAGCGCCUCGGAGGCUCCAGCCCCGGCACCAACCGUGGCCAGUCCCGCUCCCCAGGGCAGCACGCCUUCCAAGCACACCCCAACCCUGCCCCACUGCGGUGGGCAUCCCAGCAGUGACCAGCCCCGCCGUCUUCCUUCCCCAAGAAGGGCUGAGUGUGAAAGCCCCGGGACCCUGUCCGGGAGUCCCAGUGGAGGCCUCACUGGGGUUGGCCCCUCAGAGCAGGACCCCUGGGAGUGUCCUGAGAGCCCUGAAGGACCAGGAGGGAGGCUGGACCCCAUGGUCAAGAAGGACGGCUCCAAGGCCCUCUCCUUCCACGCAGAGGUGGGCAGCCCGAGCUCCAGGAGGCGGCCGCCCAGGGCCCCAGCCAGUGUGGAGGCCAGACGCUGGUUCAGGAAGUCCUACAUGGAGGCCCUGCAGAACCCUAUGCCCCUGGGCUCCAGCUCUGAGGAAUCCAUCGGGGACGAGGCCUGUGGCUCCCAGACCCACGGCCACAAGGCCAGGGGGCCCAGGGCAGCAGCCAGUCUCACCCCGAAAGAGAUCCCUGGCCCUGCGGGAGACCCCCAGGAGAUCCCGAGACAGGAGAGGGGUCCAGGAGCUGCAGGGAGGACCCUUCCCAGGAGGUCUCGAUCCUGGGAUAGGUCCCUCAGAAGCUCCCGAGGUGACACCUGGCGGGCCUCCCAGCACUUAGCCAGCACCAGCCCAGGGGCUCUCCUGGGAGGACAAGCUGUGGGGACCAGAACCACAGGCUCCAGCUGUCCAGGCACAGGGGAGAGUCCCAGCUGCACAGGAGAGGAAGCUGAAGUCUAUGCAGAGGGCAGCAGCUUCCGAGGAAGCAGCCCCAUCCGGUGUUCGGACCUGCUUGCUGAGCCGCUGUGCCCCGAGGGUGAAGGGUGGGCACCUGGCACAGGAGACCUGCCCAGCCGGGCGCCCAGGCAGGAGCUGGAACUCAACCAGGAGCUACUGCAGUCCGGGGCGGUCACCCUCCCAGGAACCCGAGACCGUCAGGGAAGAGCGGUGGUGCAGGUCUGUACAAGGGGCCCACUCUGGUCCAGCGAACACAUGUCCAGUGCCGAGCUAACCCGUCUGCUGAAGUACCUCCACAGCAUCCCCAGGAAGGAGGUGCGGGAGCUGGGGCUGGUCAUCCUGGUGGACGCACGCAAGAGCCUGGCCGCCCCCGCCCUCUCCCAGGCCCUGGCAGCCCUGCAGAACACAUCUCCUCCCUUAAUUCAUAGUAUUUUGCUGCUGGUGGAUAAAGAAUCAGCAUUUAGGCCUGACAAGGAUGCAACAAUUCAGUGUGAGCUGGUGGGUUCCCUGAAGGCCCUGCACAAAUUUGUCGACAGCUCCCAGCUGACUGCAGACCUCGAGGGCUCCUUUCCCUACAGCCACAGUGCCUGGAUCUGCUUCCGUCGGAAGCUGGAGCCCUUCACCUCAAACUGCGAGGAAGCCAUUGUUUUCCUACAAAAUUCAGUCCGCUCCCUGAACACCCACAGGACCCCACGCACAGCACAGGAGGUCGCAGAGUUGAUCGGCAAGCACAGGGCGAUGAUGAAGCAUGUCCUGGAAGACGCGCGGCUGGUGGCCCUCCGGCUGGAAGGCGGCACCGUGCUGGCACGGCUGAGGAGGGAGGAGCACGGCGCCGGCCAAGACUACCAGGACACCAUCGAGGCUGCCUGCAGGCUGUACGACCAAGUAGACGAAGAGGUCCACAGGCUGGUCCUCGCCUCCAACAGGUGUCUGCAGGCACUGGAGGAGCUCCAGGAGCGAGGACACCAGUCAGGGCUCCAGGGGGGAGGCGACCAGUUCUCAGUAGUUUAUUUUCCCGCCGGAACAGAGGCACCGUACCGGUCAUUUAGCCUCACGGGUUGCAGUGGAGAGUCUGCUCUGCUGCGCUCUCGGCCUUGGGCUGGGCCCUGCUUUCUCCCGGGAAUCUCGUCCACCUCUGGUCCUCAGGCCGCCUCCGCCCGGGGGCUUCUGCAGGUUGCCUGCCCAGCUGCUGAGUGGGGCGGGGCCACUGGAGGCCCCUGCUGGGCCCACCUCCUGGGCUCGUGGGCUCCUCCAGAGACAAAGCCUCCGAUCCCCGAGGGGAGGGCCUGGCUGCACGUCAGGGAGGAGAUCACAUCGUGGUUUGAAAAAGAAAGAGAGAAAUUCCUCGGGCCUUUGGAGCUGCUGUCUCUGGGGAACUCAAAGCAGUGGCAGGCGUCCCAGGCUCUCCCGGACAGGCUGACGCAAUAUCGUCCGAAAGGGCUGCGGCUGAUGGAAGAGGACUUGCAAGGUGCAGAGGAAGGGACCCAGGACUUCAGAAGGAGUCUGAGCGCCAAGGCCGGCCUGGCUGAGCAGAGGGAGGGCGAGCUGGCCAGGCAGGCCCUCGGGUCCGAGUUCUGCGAGACGGUGAGCGGGCGGACGCUGCGGUGCAGUCAGUGCCUAGAGCACCCGGACCCAGAGCUGGUCACCGAGGAUCUGAAGCGCUGUCGCCGGCAGGCCGUGCAGAGCUUCCCCAGGGCGAGUGCGGUGGUGGUGGGCCCCGGCGGCCAGUGGGCGCUGCCACGGGGCCAAACCUUGUGGCUGCAGAGCCGGCAGACCCGACGCCACUGGCAAGAGGCCCUUGGAGAGGCGGCCCCGGGCCCCGGCACCCUGCCUCUGGGCUGGAGCCCCCUGAAGCACGAGCUUGCCCAGGGACCCGAGGGGCAGCCCCUUGAGCCUUCCUGGACCCCUCCCGCUGACCCCGAGGGCCGAGCUGAGGAGUGGGCCUGACUGCUACCCGGCCUCGCCGGACAAGCUGCUGUGUGUGGGCAGGGUGAGCACCUGAGCCCAGGUGUGCACGCACAGGACAGCAGCGGCACCUGCUCCCCGCACCCCAGGAAGCACCGCCUGAAGAAAAUUAGGAAGCAAGCACAAAGCUUCGCGACUCCUCAGCUUGACAGUGGCCCCAGCGACUCCCUCCGGCUGGGCCACACUGGGGUCUUCAUCAAAGGCCUGGAGGUGACCGGCACCGCCGUGGCCUCAGAGAAGCGGCCCCCGCUGAGGCCACGUGCCGAGAGCCCUCGGCUCCCUCGGAACCGGAGUCUGUCCUCUCCCUCCAGGACCCACCCCUCCGAGGAGGAUGGGAAGGCUCAGGUGGGAAGCCAGCCGACGCAGCACGUGAUGGCCGAGAUGAUCUCCACGGAGAGGCAGUAUGUUAGGUCCUUAGGAUAUGUCAUCGACAACUAUUUUCCAGAAAUGGAAAGGACGGACCUGCCCCAGGGCCUCCGAGGGAAGCGCAGCGUCAUUUUCGGGAACUGGGAACUCUACGCCUUCCACCGCGGGCACUUCCUCCCGGGGCUGGAGCGCUGCCGGCACCGCCCCUGGGCUGUGGGCCACGCGUUCCUGAGAUAUGAGGAGCAGCUUGGCAGGAACGCGCUGUACAGCAAGAACAAGCGGGCAGACACCCUGCUCUGCAGCCACGGCAACGCCUUCUUCAAGGACAAGCAGCAGGAGCUGGGUGACAAGAUGGACCUGGCCUCCUACUUGCUGAAGCCCGUGCAGCGCGUGGGCAAGUACGCACUGCUGCUCUGGGCCCUGGUCCAGGAGGCUGGCGGCUGCCCCGCCCGUGAGCAGGCGCUGGGUGAGCUGAGGGCCAUAGGACAGGCCUGCGGGGAGGCGCCCACGCUUGAGACCCCCCAGACCCCCGCCCAGAGGGAAGAGAACGCCUGGGAGAGGCUGCUGGGGCGGGAGCCACGGGAGGAGAGGCAGGAGAGGCCAGCCUGCCUGCAGGUGGAUCUGAAGGAACAGGGGCGGCUGAUAUGCCAGGAUGAGUUCCUCGUUUGCUGCAGAGGGAAGAAACACCUGAGGCGCGUGUUCCUGUUUGAAGACCUCAUUCUGUUCAGCAAGACCCAGAAGGUGGACGGAGGCCACGAUGUGCACGCGUACAAGCAGUCCUUCAAGAUGGCACAGAUCGGGAUGACGGAGAACGUCGGGGACAGUGGCUUGAGGUUUGAGAUCUGGUUCCGCAGGCGGCGGAAAUCCCAGGACACCUACAUUCGCCAGGCGAGCUCCGCGGAGGUCAAGACCUCCUGGACGGACGUGAUAGGGAAGAUCCUGUGGCGGCAGGCUCUGUGGAGCCGAGAACUCAGGACACAGGAGAUGGUGUCCACAGGGAUAGGCAGCAAGCCAUCCAUGGACGUCGAGCCCAGCAACGCGGCCAUAAGCGACCGGGCCGUCAGUUACACCAGGAAUGGAACAGAGGCACGGACCCGAGCGUCCAGAGCUGUGCCCUCCUGUGACCACACCGCCCCCCUCAAGAGACCGCACUCCACCCUCUCAGACAGCAGCACGUCCUCCUCCAGCAGCUGGUCCUCCUCCGCCCGGGGGCCGCUGCCCCCCACCCGCGCCCACAAGUCCCGCCCGCUACCCCUGUCCGUGCAGCGUGCACACCUGCACGGAGCAGGGUGA